AUGGCUCGGAGCAACCCGGGGCUUCUCCUGGGGCUCCUGCUGCUGCGGCUCAAUUGGUGCUUGGCCGUGGAUGGCGGAGGCGCGGAGGAAGGGGGCGGCGUGUUUCCGGUGGUGGUGAGCACCUGGCCGUUCCGGGAGGCGGUCAGGGCGGCGUGGGACGUGGUGAAAACCGGCGGCGCAGGGGGGUCGGCUGUGGAUGCCGUCGUCGCUGGCUGCUCCGCCUGCGAGGAGCUCCGCUGCGAUGGCACAGUUGGUCCAGGUGGAAGUCCAGAUGAGAAGGGUGAAACUACCUUAGAUGCUCUUAUCAUGAAUGGGAAAACAAUGGAAAUUGGAGCUGUGGCUGCCAUGAGAUAUGUGAAGGAUGCAAUUAUGGCAGCAAAGUUGGUCAUGGAGCACACUGGGCAUACUCUUCUUGUUGGAGAGAAGGCAACAUCCUUUGCAAUUUCAAUGGGUCUUGCAGGACCAACUAACCUGAGUUCACCAGAGUCAAUUGAGAAAUGGUCAAAUUGGAGACAGAAUAAUUGCCAACCUAACUUUUGGAAAAAUGUUGCUCCUGCUGGCAACUGUGGUCCAUACCAUCCUAUAAAUAUACCUAAGGACCCUGUUAAAAGUGCUGUAUGGGAGAAUCAAGGAAUCACCUGUCAGGAAUGGCUCCAAAAUGAUAAUUUACUAGAACCGACAAGCUCCCAUUUCAACUCUGUUAAUCGUCACAACCAUGACACAAUCUCUAUGGCCGUCAUUGACAAGAUGGGUCAUGUAGCAGUUGGCACAUCAACUAAUGGUGCCACGUUCAAAAUUCCAGGAAGGAAUACUACUCGAAGCUUCCUUUUGAUAUGUAUAUCAACUUCUGAAAUACUCUGGUAUUGUAUAUCGACUUCUGAAAUACUCUGGGUAGGUGAUGGACCAAUACCAGGAUCUUCUGCAUAUGGUGAUGAUGAAGUUGGGGCUUGUGGAGCUACUGGUGACGGUGAUAUUAUGAUGCGCUUCCUUCCAUGUUAUCAAGUGGUGGAGAGCAUGCGACUUGGAAUGGAGCCUCGAGAUGCUGCCGUGGAUGCGAUAUCCAGAAUUGCUCGUAAGUACCCAGAUUUUGUUGGUGCUGUAUUUGCGCUUAACAAGAAAGGAGUGCAUGCUGGGGCGUGCCAUGGAUGGACCUUUCAGUAUUCUGUCAGGAAUUCCAGCAUGCAGGAUGUGGAGGUCAUCACAGUAACACCUUAA